GCCAGAGCUCUGGAGGGGCAGAGAGAGAGAGGCAACGGCCCUCUACUGGAGGGGGGGGCUUAUUAUAACAAAUAUAUACACACAUGUGUGAACUGUUUGGCCGCACGAUAGGUCAUAUGUGGAUAACAGUUAUUUUAGAAAAGCAUACAACUGCGGCAUUACAUUUAAAAUGCCUAUUUUACUUUUCCUGUUAGACACGUCCGCCUCUAUGAAUCAGCGCACUUAUUUGGGUACGACGUAUCUGGACGUUGCUAAAGGCGCGGUUGAGGUCUUUAUGAAGCUGCGUGCCCGAGACCCGGCUAGUAGAGGCGACAGGUACAUGCUAGUUACAUUCGAUGAUCCACCAUACGGAGUGAAGGCAGGCUGGAAGGAGAACCAUGCCACCUUCAUGUGUGAGCUGAAGAACCUGCAGGCAUCUGGGCUGACUACGUUAGGUCACGCCCUCCGCACAGCCUUUGACCUGCUUAACCUCAACCGUCUCGUCUCAGGCAUCGACAACUAUGGACAGGGCCGUAACCCCUUCUUCCUCGAGCCAUCUGUGAUCAUCACUAUCACUGAUGGGAACAAGCUUACACACAGCUCUGGAGUGCCAGAUGAGCUGCACCUGCCUCUGAACUCUCCAUUGGCAGGCAGUGAGCUGACCAAAGAGCCCUUUCGCUGGGACCAGCGUCUGUUUGCAUUGGUGUUGCGGCUGCCAGGAGCAGCCACACCAGACAACGAGCAGCUUGGCAGCGUCCCCACAGAUGAAUCUGCCAUCACCCAGAUGUGUGAAGUCACUGGAGGGCGAUCGUACUGUGUGCGGACACAGAGGAUGCUGAACCAGUGUCUGGAGUCUCUGGUCCAGAAGGUGCAAAGUGGUGUUGUCAUUAAUUUUGAGAAGACAGGACCAGAUCCGCCUCUCAUUGGGGAAGACAACGCAGUGGAGUCCAGUCGUCCUGUGUCAUCCUUUAGCCAACAGCCGUGGCACAGUUGUCACAAACUCAUCUAUGUGCGACCGAACCCGAAGACAGGGGUUCCGGUUGGGCAUUGGCCCAUACCAGAGUCCUUCUGGCCGGACCAGAAUUCUCCUACCCUGCCCCCUCGCUCUGCACAUCCCAUGGUGCGUUUCUCGUGUGUGGACUGUGAACCCAUGGUGAUAGACAAGCUUCCCUUUGACAAGUAUGAACUGGAGCCAUCUCCACUCACCCAGUACAUUUUGGAAAGGAAGUCUCCACACAUGUGCUGGCAGGUGUUUGUUAGCAGCAGUGCAAAGCAAAAUGACCUGGGACAGCCAUUUGGCUACCUUAAAGCCAGCACCACUCUCACCUGUGUUAACCUGUUUGUCAUGCCUUACAACUACCCAGUCCUUCUCCCACUCCUCGAUGACUUGUUUAAAGUGCACAAACUAAAACCAAACCUCAAGUGGCGGCAGGCUUUUGAAAUGUACCUGAAGACAAUGCCUCCAUACUACCUCAUGCCCUUAAAAAAGGCGUUGAGGAUGAUGGGUGCACCUAAUCUUAUUGCAGACACCAUGGACUGUGGCCUGAGUUACAGUGUUAUCUCUUACCUGAAGAAGCUCAGCCAGCAGGCAAAGAUGGAAUCUGAUCGUCUGAUCGUAUCUGUGGGGAAGAAAGCUCCACAAGAAACUGGCAUAAAGGUGAAGAAUCACUCCAGCUCUCUCUCUCUGGCUCACCGCCGGGACUUCAAGCAGUUGCUGCAGGGAAUCACCGGGGAGGGGCCCCUUCGCCUGGUGGACAUCAACUUCAAAGAGUUUGCUGGCUUCCAGAUUGCCCUUCUCAACAAGGACUUAAAACCUCAAGCUUAUCGAAAUGCAUACGACAUCCCAAGACGGAACCUUCUGGAUCAGCUCACCCGAAUGCGCUCCAAUUUACUGCGGACGUCACAGAAACUGAUCCGAGGGCAAGACGAAGACUAUCUGCACAGCAUUCCAGUAGCUCAGAUGGGAAACUAUCAGGAGUACCUAAAAAUGAUGCCGUCUCCUCUGAGAGAGAUUGACCCUGACCAACCGAAACGCCUGCACACUUUUGGGAAUCCUUUCAAGCAGGAUAAGAAGGGGAUGAUGAUUGAUGAGGCAGAUGAGUUUGUAGCGGGCCCUCAAAAUAAGAAAAGAGGAAAUUCUAGCGAUCCCAAUUCAGGUGCUACUAUGAAGAGACGGCGGAGUAUGUCCCCGUUACUGCGGCGGCCACAGACUCCACCAAGCAACAACAACCAUGUGGCGGCGGGGAAGAGUCCGGUAGGGGUUCAAGGGCAGCAGAACCUCCUCAAACCCAUCCCACAGCACAAAGAAGUGGAUGGCAACAACAUUGUGGUCGCUGAGAGUAACGGGGACGGGGUCCUUGGGCCUGAGUCGGGGGAGAUCUGGCCCCCUGAGCUGGACACUGUAGCAGAAAGCCCAUCUUCACUGAGCCUAGAGGAGAAGGCCGGGAUGGGGGUAGCAGAUGAGGUCGAGGACAUCAACAUGAUGGAGGAGAGACUAGCAGAAGAUCAUCUAGAUGAGCAGCCGCUGGAGGAGAAACACAACUGUGAGCGACUGAGUCCACAGAGCGAGCUCGAGAUCAGUGAAGCUGACCCCGCAGCGCUCGAGACCAUAUUCAUAGCCCCACUAGAUGGCAGCCAAGCAGAGCUGAGGAGUCGGGUCAUCAAGGAGGUCCGCAAACCGGGGCGAAACUACGAGGCAAUACUCAGACUACUGCAGCAGGUGAAAGGACCAGUUAAUGUUCAGAAGUACUUCAUCCAAUAUGCUAUCAAAGAGGCUGUCAGGUUCAAGAAGCGGGUACUGAUCCAGCAGCUGGAGACGGCCCUCGCUAAGGUGGAGGAGAAGCACGCAGCACCCUCAGAGCUUCCCAACGAUCACGGCAGUUAGUGACGAAAGCCAUCUUUGCGCUGUUACAAGGAAAAGGAAUGAAGCUACUCUUCUCGGGAAAUGUGUUUACCAUUGGAUUUGCCACCGUAAAAAAAAAAAAGACGUCCUUGUUGAGUAGCCUUCAAAAAGACAAACUGGGGGACUGGAGGUGGAGAAAAAAAUCAAAUGCACUUAUCGCAGAUGCUCCCACUGUUCCUGUUCUGUUACAUCACAUCCUGUUGGAGGUGGAGGGUGAGGGGUUUAACUGGAGGAGGGGCCUUCAGGACAGAUCCACUCCAGAUUAGUCAAGAGACUUUAAAGAUAAUCCUCUUUAUAUUGACAGAUGCCUUAAACAUCCACAUGGCUUUUGUCUGUAUCGGCACAUUGUUCAGUGGAGACAGACACACACACACACACACACACACACACUCCGUUAGACAGAUUCACAAUAAGCUGUCAGAUGCUCAAAUGGCAGAGGGAGGGUGGGACAGGGUCAUUCCUGUUGUUAUGUUUUAGAUUGAGAACUUUCUUCAGCUGGUCUGAAAAGUGUUUGUAACACUGCAACUGUUUUUUUUCUAUGAGUAAUAAAAUGUUUGUGCAUUUAUGUAGAUUUGUGGCUAACAGGAGAAAUUUGGUCCGCCCAGGUACAUUUCAUAUUCUGAGUGUUAUAUCUGCAUAAAGAAUGCACUGAUUUUUAUUUUAUUUUAUUUUUUUACCAAACUGAUACUGUUAUCUAAUGUUUUCCUAUCCAUAUCACGUAAUACUGAUAAACAGCAUCCGGGUUGGGCGAUAUGGAUCAAAUCUACGAGCGUAUAUGUGAUUAGUAGUAGCAGCAGUGUUUAUUGUGAUCAGUUUUCUGGAAGUUCAAUUGAGAAACUAUUGCAAGAUACUGUUUUUGGCUAAUCCAGUCAAUAAAAUAUCUGACAGAUCAAGGUACUACAUCACAUUGAUGCAAACAUCCUGUAUAUCCAAUGUAGCCAUAUUAAGGAGAUAGAGCUAUGGCAGAAUCUCAGGCUAUAUAUCGUCAUAUCGCCCAACCCUGAUUAGCUUGUUCAGUCUUAAAGUCCCAAAAAAAGGUUAACCAUCACACAUGUUUGUCAUAACCUAAUAAAUUGGCUUUUAAAUAUCCAAAUUGGGUCCCUUUUGUGACAGAUUCGACAGUUGCGUUGGCAUGAUCCUGGAGACAAACAUCACACAGUAGUGCUUUCUAAAGCUGAAAUAGACGAACACCAGUUGGUUUUUGGACUUGUGCCCUAGAAAGACCUUCUGCAAGACGGUUGUGUUUAAUGGUUUAUUGAUGAAGCACCGUUCUCCUCUGUUCUGCCAUUACAGCAAUAGGACAUGAUUUCAGUGAACGCAGCUGUCGGUUUACUCCUCCAACACUCACAAACACACAGAGAGUCCUCUAAAUUCCUCCACAGCACCACAAACACUCCAUUGAUUCCCAGAGUUUUAACUUUAUUGGGAGGAAUUUCUGCAUCUGUCCGGGCUCAGUCGACAGUCACCUGUUGUUGAACAUUAACAGCUGGUAAUCUGCCCUCUGCUGCCUUUUUUUUACAUGAACCCACGUUAGCGCUCCUCCUUUUGUUUUUCCUUGUUUUUAUGACAGAUGUACACUACUUUUUAAUGUUCAUAAGGAAUAUAGAUUAUUUUUGUGAAUUUGUUUAUUUCAGAGUAUAAGAAAUAUUUUGAAUGAAAUGUUUAAAGCCAAUUUUGUAAACUGUUAAAUACGUAUAUAAAAUGGAAAGUUUUAUGAACCUACUCUUUUUUAACAAAACAAAAAAUAAACCACAGGUAGAAUGGUA